UGGCGUCGUUUGCAUUGUAGAAAACGGAAUUUCCACGUUUUGUUAACAAAGUUUUCCCGUGUUUUUCUUUUCUUAGUGUCAAAUUUUAAUUAUUUUUUAUUUUAAAAAGAAAAACAACGUUAAAUUAGGUUAACUUUCUUUUUUUUCCGAUUAAUAUUAUAUUUAUUUUUAGUUUCAGUUUGACAUUUUUUGAGGUUAGAAUUGACGAAGAAAAAAUAAAUAACAAGAAAAUUUGUUAAUAAAUAAUUGGAAAUUUAUUAUUAAAUAAAAAAAAAAUUAGUGAAAUUUAAAAAAUGAAUCACGAUAAAAAAAGUGGAAGAAGAAGUAGAUCAAGAGAAAGAGAUCGCGAUCGUGAGAGAGAUCGUGAGAGGGAAAGAGGACGAGAUAGAGAUCGUAGAGAGAGAAAAAGAUCGAGAAGUCGUUCAAAGGAGCGAAAAAAGGAUCGUAAAAGAUCGCGAUCAAAGGAACGCGAAAGAUCACGUGAUCGCGAUAGAUCACGCGAACGUGAUCGUUCACGUGAACGUAAAGAUAAUAAAGAAAAAUCAUCAAAAGAUGAGAAAAAACGAAAAUUAAGUCCAAUAUUUGCACUUGAUAAUGAAAAUGCAAUAAAAAAAGAUAUAAAUAUUAAUGAAACAAUAAAUAAUGAAGACGAAAAAGAAUUAAUAAAAAAAGAACCACUUAGUCUUGAGGAAUUAUUAGCAAAAAAGAAAGCCGAAGAAGAGGCGCGUUCAAAACCAAAAUUUUUAAAUAAAGAAGAAAGAAUGGCAUUGGCAUUAAAAAAACGUCAAGAACAAGUUGAUGCAAUGAAAAAAAAACAAAAUGAAGAGAAAAAAAUUUCUAAUCAAAGUGGUAAUAUAAAUUUAAAAGAACGUGAUUAUGAUGUUGAACGUGAAAGACGUCGUGAUAAUCAAAAAGCACGCGACGAUGAUAUUAAAGAUAAAGAUAAAGAACGUGAAGUUGAAGCAAUAAAAGAACGUUAUCUUGGUCUUAUUAAAAAAAAACGACGUGUUCGUCGAUUAAAUGAUAGAAAAUUUGUAUUUGAUUGGGAUACAUCGGAGGAUACAUCGGUUGAUUAUAAUAAUAUUUAUAAAGAACGUCAUCAGGUACAAUUUUUUGGACGUGGAAAUCUUGCUGGUAUUGAUAUUAAAGCACAAAAGCGUGAUCAAAGUAAAUUUUAUGGUGAAUUACUUGAGAAACGACGUACCGAAGCGGAAAAGGAGCAAGAAAAAAUGCGUUUGAAAAAAGUAAAACGAAAAGAAGAAAAACAAAAAUGGGACGAUCGACAUUGGUCAGAAAAGGGAAUAAUUGAAAUGACUGAACGCGAUUGGCGUAUAUUUCGUGAGGAUUAUAAUAUAACGAUAAAAGGUGGUAAAAUACCUGAUCCAAUACGUUCGUGGAAAGAAUCGGGUUUUCCAAAAGAAAUAUUGGAUAUUAUUGAUAAAGUUGGCUAUAAAGAUUUAACGCCAAUUCAACGUCAAGCAAUACCAAUUGGUUUACAAAAUCGUGAUAUUAUUGGUGUCGCUGAAACUGGUUCUGGUAAAACAUUGGCAUUUCUUAUUCCAUUAUUGUUGUGGAUCACGAGUUUACCAAAAAUUGAACGUCUCGAGGAGGCCGAUCAGGGACCGUAUUCUAUUAUUUUGGCGCCAACACGUGAAUUGGCACAACAAAUUGAAGAGGAAACGAAUAAAUUUGGUCAACCUCUCGGUAUAAGAACCGUUGUUGUUGUCGGUGGUCUCUCAAGAGAGGAACAAGGAUUUAGAUUGAGAAUGGGAUGCGAGAUCGUUAUUGCAACUCCUGGUCGAUUAAUAGACGUUUUAGAAAAUCGUUAUUUGGUAUUAACACAAUGUACAUACGUUGUUCUUGAUGAGGCUGAUCGUAUGAUUGACAUGGGUUUUGAACCGGAUGUACAAAAAAUUCUCGGCUAUAUGCCAGUGACAAAUUUAAAACCCGAUAAUGAAGACGCAGAAAAUGAGGAGAAACUCCUUGCGAAUUAUAAUACAAAAAAGAAAUUCCGACAGACUGUGAUGUUUACGGCAACAAUGCCGGCAGCUGUUGAAAGAUUGGCGAGAACAUAUUUACGACGUCCUGCUGUUGUUUAUAUUGGAAGUAUUGGUAAACCAACAGAGAGAACUGAACAAAUUGUUCAUAUUAUGGGCGAAUCGGAUAAACGAAAGAAACUAAUGGAAAUUUUGAGUCGCGGUAUUGAGCCACCGGUUAUUAUUUUUGUUAAUCAAAAGAAAGGCGCCGAUGUACUUGCACGUGGACUCGAAAAACUUGGGUACAAUGCUUGCACUCUUCACGGUGGUAAAGGACAGGAGCAAAGAGAAUACGCAUUGGCGUCACUUAAAAGUGGAAGUAAGGAUAUUUUAGUUGCAACUGAUGUGGCAGGAAGAGGUAUUGAUAUUAAGGACGUUUCAAUGGUCAUUAAUUACGAUAUGGCAAAAACAAUUGAAGAUUACACGCAUCGUAUUGGACGAACGGGUCGCGCGGGAAAAGCCGGUUUGGCAAUUUCAUUUUGCACAAAAGACGAUAGUCAUUUGUUUUACGAUCUUAAGCAAACAAUUAUUGCAAGUCCAAUUUCAACAUGUCCACCGGAACUUCUCAAUCAUCCGGAAGCACAACACAAACCAGGCACUGUUGUCACAAAAAAACGACGAGAGGAGAAAAUAUUCGCCUAAACAAUACAAAUACACAAAAAAAAAAUUUUGUGUAUGAUGUAUAAUAUACAAAUAAUUUAUGAGAUUUUCAAUUCUCAAAAAUAAAUAAAAGGCGUGCAAAAAAAAAAAAAA